UUUGUCUGUGUGUGUGUUUGUCUGUGUGUGCGUGUCUGUGUGUUUGUGUUUGUCUGUGUGUGUGUUUGUCUGUGUGUGCGUGUCUGUGUGUUUGUGUUUGUCUGUGUGUGUGUUUGUCUGUGUGCGCGUGUCUUCAUGUAUUUCAGCCGUUUCUAAAUAAUACACACACACACUCUGUAAACCUGAUGGUGUUCACUUUGGACCUGUUUUUGAAAUCCUGCUUCUGGAAAGGUCCUCACCCUGGCCCCGCCCCCAGUCCCGCCCCCCUUCAGCGUGGCCCCCCUGACAGUGUACAGCAGGUGCAGCGGCUGAUGGAACAGGAACUGAGGAAGGAAAAGGCCAAAAUCAGCGGCAACAAUAAGGGCUACGUCUUCACGCUAAUGCCCCUUUACGCCAUCGGGGUCGGACUGUUCGCUGCGUACAAAUUCCUAAAGAUAAAGUCUGCAGAUGACACACACACUCAGAAAGAGAGGACUGCCCGAGGACUUCGCAAAUCUGAGGAGACGGAGAAUCAGCUGAAUGAGCUAGAACAGCGUUUGGCUCAGACAGAGAAAAUGCUGAACUCCAUCCUCACUCAACUCGACCCUCUGACAAACUGUGUGAAGUCGGUGGCGAUGGAGCAGAAGAAUGAGAUCAUGACUCAGCUGCAGUGUAUCCGACACCUGAUGAAGAAACGGGGGAUGCAGUAUGCACCAACAGAGGCAUCAUGUGACCGUAACCUUGACAACCUCAUCGAAUCGCUAAGCGCCAUGGAAACUCUCGGCACGGAAACGCGCCGAAAACCACAGACCGCUGGAGAGAGAGACGACGGAGAGGAGAGUGACUGCAGCAUGCCAUCUCUGGAGGAGGAGCACGGGGGCGGAGUGGGCGGGGCUACAGAGUAUGACAAGGAGAUGAAGGAGGAGAAUGAUGUGGGCAUGGCUACAGAGGAGUACGAUGAAGAUUCGUAUAAUGAGGAGCAGGGAGGGAACAUGGAUGAAGAAGAGGGCGUGGCCGAAAUGUGUCCAAAUGAUUUGGGAGCGGGUCUUCGCAAACGUAACAGACAUGAUUAGAUGAUUAUUGAUUGAUUUAUUAUUUAUUUAUUGAAUGUGAUCACGCUGUUAGAGCUGAUACAAUGAUUUUCGGGGGUUUUACAUCAUUUUAUCACAUUUUUAUUUUUCAUUUUGAUCAUUUUAUUAAGUCUUGUUUUUGAUAUUGACACAAAGUGCUUUAAUGAAAGAGGUUUAUUACGUAACGUGUGAAAGAGCGAGCUGCAGAAUAAACACUAAAAUAUACCUUUAUCUUAUUUUACAUUAAAAACAUGAUCUCUGUUAAUUUAGGAACAGAAUCAUUUCAUUGCACUUUAUGAUUUCAUUUCAAACACUUUUGUUUUACUCGUUACCUAGCUCAUUACCUACCUAGCAUUAGCUUAUUAGCUAACCUCAGCUGAGCUCUGCUGAACACUGCAUCAGUUAAGUUUAAUUCAUGAAGAAAAAGAUCAUCGUCUUGACUAAAGAUAUUGGUUACUGAGAUAAUCGGACGUUUUCUAGAAUCCUGUAACCUGCUGCUCUCGUUUGAAAUUGUCUGUUUUAAUUGGAGGCGGGCCGUUCGAUUUACAUCAGAAUGUUACAUCAUUAGGGGUCCAAGCACCGAUGGUUCUCUGUUUGUUUGUUUGUUUUUUAUAAUUUUUUUAUUAGAUUCUGUUGUGUGUGAGCCAGUAGUAUCUAACGAGCAUGUGGGUGUAGCUACGAUGUCUAAAGAGCGAGUAGAUAAAGUGGACAUGUGGCUAGGCGUGGUCAGGAAGUGUUAUGGGUGGGGCUUCGUAGGCCUGACAGAACAUCAGCUUCAUUUACCUUCUUUUUCUAGUGUUUUUAGCCGUAACGUUUAUUUGCAACGUGUUUACUUUUUUUGUACCUUUUAAAGUUUCUCGCUUUUUAAAUGAAAUAAUUUAAAGAUAUAUUUUUAUUUGAAUGGAAUUUGUUUUGAGAUGCAUGUGCUUAAUUAGCUGCAUGUGCAGUUUCUGCUCCGCCUAUCUGAUUUCUUUAAUAAUUGAGAAAUUGCAUGUAAGUGAUGGACAAUCAUGAGAUAAUGAUUAGCAGAUUUCAAGCUACCUCAUGUUCUUAUUUUUAGUCAAAUGCAUGCUGAAGAAAACUGAGCAUUUUAGCUUCUAAUGAGUUAAUGUAUAUACGUGUGAUUUGAUUUAAUUUAUCUUUCUCUUCAUUCUAUAAUGUCUACCGUGCUGUGCUGAUGACGUUUUAGCGCACUUUCACUGCUGUUUCAGGAUCGUUAAUCACCUCACUGUGUAACGGAGCAGAACGUUAGCAUGAUUAAUCUUGUGACGUUAAAACAUUUCAAUAUUCCGCUUCAUUUUACUCCCUGAAUCUUCAUUCAUCAUCAGUGAUGUGGGCGCUCAAGCAACUGACUUGUACUUUCUGAUUCUCUAACGUUAGCUAGAUUUUCUGUAAUAUUGGCUAGCAAUUCUUCUUAUUUUACUAAAAUUAACCAGCUAGAUUUUGAUGGGGAUUUUCACAAACAUUACCUAAUCUUUUCUGAAGUUAGCUAGCUAAUUUUGUUUGGAGAUUUUUAAUUUAAAUUACAAUUUAUUGUUUCUUGAGAGAUUUUUGCUAGCUGAUGUUAGGUAUACAGUUUUGUUUGGGACAUUUUGCUAACAUUAGCUAGCUCUGAUAAGUCUGGGUAGCGUUAUGUAAUUAAACAUGAUCAUCAUAUAAAUAAUAAUCUAUAGGAAUGUACUGUGAUAUCAGCAGAUGAUUGUGGUGCAGGGAACACUCGUUACACGUUAACGCUCUAUUGCAUUUUUACUCUGUUUGUCUUUCGCUUUUUUAAAUCUCUGUGUUUGGGUGGUUUUGUUCUUUAGAGAUGUUUGAGGCCUUAUAUAAAAUAAAAUUAUUACAGAUCAAGAAAAAGCAUUUUUUUUUAAACAUUCAGCUGUGUUUGUGUAGAGCUCUAGAACCCUUAGUCCAGUUCUACAACACACUCGGGAGCUGAGUGGAGAUUUUUCACAAAGGGGCCCAACAUGCAUGGGAACAACCAUGGGAGAGGUACCCUAUAUGGGGGUGGUACCCUACAUACUUGGGGGAGGUGGGGUUUAACCAUGGGGGUGGUACCCUACAUGGGAGUGGUACCCAUUACAGGUCUGGUACCCUACAUACAGGGGCUAGCAGACAGUGGGAUUAGCCUGCUUGUCUGCUCCCUGGCCCUGGCAUGUCAUUAAAAAUCCCAGCAUACAAGUGGAAACCAGGACCAGGCUGUGUUAGAAGAUCUCAGAAUGUGCUCUGUGCAAAAUGUCUGCAGUUUUGUGUUUAAAAACUCAACAUUUGGUCUGUUUUUAAACCCAGAGUGGACAUGUAGAGUUUACAUUCAUUUGCUGUCCACUUUAUUAUGAACAGCUGUACACUUGCUAUUGACAAAGAAGCCUUAGUUUGUCACGUACAUUACAGCACAGGGAAAUUCAUUUUCUUCAUAUAUUCCAUUUGGGGUCAGAGCACAGGGUCAGCCAUGACACAUUCUCCUAGAGCAGAGAGGGUUAAGGGCCUUGCUCAGGGGCCCAACAAUGACAGGUUGGUAGUGCUGGGGCUCCAACCCCAAUCAACAGCCCAGAUGCUUUACUGUAUGAGGCACCACCAUCUGUGGUUUUAUUUUCAUUUAAAUGAAGAAAGGUCUGAUCUCUAUGGAAGUAAAAUAGCAACAAAAGUAUUUGAAGCAAAAAAAGGAGCUGGAUAGCAGUAACUGAAAAAAAUCCAUCGUAUUAACAGUGCUUGCAUUUUAAGGUUCUGCAAUUCAACAUGGUUUCAUAAUUAAUCUGUGAAUUUUUCAAGUGGAGACACAAAAUUGCAUUGUUUAAAAUUUCAAUAUUAAAUAUUCAGAUUUUUAAAAUACAAACUUUAAUAAUUGACAGGACAUUUCAGUGUGUAUUAUUUCACUUCCAUAAAUUCAGCGAUUCAAAUUCAUCAAGAAUUUCAACGUUGCACAUCGCAGGAAGAGCGAUCGAACAUCGAUGCAUUAUCGACACCUGCUGCUUGUCUGCUUCACCAGCAGGUGGUGCAAGUGAGUUUAAUGAGAUAAUAGCAACAGGAAGAUCGAUCACAUCACACUCAUAAACUCAUAAACUUUAUGAUUAUCUGGGCCUGUAUGUUUUUUUUUUUACAUGUCAUUUUAUUUUCGUUUCAUUUAUUUGUAUUUACUUUAACAUAUAUUUUAAUUUCAGUGCUUGCUUUUAGAUUAUAUAUUGGAAAGUCUCCGUUCAUGCCUGGAGCAUGCUGUGGGACACGUGCCUCUUGAAGAAUUUGUCUUUUUAAGUGCGGUUUCAAAACUGUAGUCACUGUUCCUCAAGAUGUUUUAGAAGCCAUCACUGAUCUGCUCAGAGUAAUUCAACUACACCUGUCAGACAGGGAGACAUGCACUGUGACUGUUCUACAGGAUCCAGGGUCAAUGGGACGGCCAUGUUUCAUAAUAUCACCAACUUACAUUUCACAUGGCCUAGACAUGCACUGUUCCAUUCCAACCAUUGCUCGCUUGCUUGGCGUAAGCACACGCACCGUAUACAAAAGCAACAUGUAAGGAGUCCGUUGUUUAAGCUGUGAUUUAUAUAACAGCAAUCUUCAAAUUGUGUUUUAACACACUUAGGGUACGUGGUGACCAGGGCAUUGAAAAUGUGGACAUUGCUCGCCUGAUGUUCCUGAUUCAUGGGACUGACAGGGCCAGCUUUAUUUCAGGAAGAAACAUCCACAAUCAGCGUAUAGAGAGGUUGUGGAGAGAUGUCUGGGCAUCAGUGACCAAUGUGUACUAUGAUGUUCUGCAUGCUUUAGUAGAAGCUGGGCACCUUGAUGUGUCUGAUCUUACUCAUCUGUUCUGCUGCCACUAUGUAGUUCUUCCACGACUUCAAAAUGAUCUCAACCUUUUCCACACCACCUGGGACAAUCACCCAGUGCGAACAGAGGGCAGUUUGACCCCUAACCAGUUGUGGGUGUUGGGAAUUAUCCAGCAUCCUGUACCUAAACCUGAUAUAGAGAGAUAUUUCUUGUACAGUACAUUAUUCUUUGCAUGUCAACAUUUACAUUUGAAACAGGACAGUGAAUAAAAUGUAAGAAUUUUAAUAUUACUAAUAUUAAUCUCAUGAGGUAAAAUUCUAUACUGUUUAUCUCUCUGUAGGGACUGAGCAUACCGCACAUAGACUGGAAGGACAGUGGACUGAGUGUUGAUGCACUCUCUAGUAUUGUUUUGCCAGCAACUGAAUGUCCCCUGACCAAUGAACAAAUGCAAGCACUCAGAGAAAUCGUAAACCCCAAAGGACCUUCACAGAUAUUUGGCUGGGACAUAUAUAUAUAUAUAUAUAUAUAUAUAUAGCAGCACUUCAGUUUUGGAACAAUUCUAAUCAGUUUCUUUUAUGCAAACUUCUACUAUUAUUAAUGAAACAGCAAAACCCUAGAAUGUGCAUAAGUAAGCUGCUAACUGUUGUUUGUUCUGUUUCUCCUUUAGAGCACGUACCAUGUUUUAUUCAAGAAGUAAACAGUAUUGCUUAACUUCAGUGUUUAAGUACUUAGUAACUGUAUGGGAUUUUUUGUGUAUGUAAGAAAAUAUACAAGUAUUUAAUAACCUACUGCUUAAUGUCAGUGCUUAAUUUGCAUAAAUUUCAACAUUAUGUAGUUUUCCUGUAUAUUAAAAAGGUCAAAUGACAUGGCUAAA